CAGCUGACUACCCACGUGACUUUUGCGGAAGUAGCAGGAACAACAACAACUGAAUUCUGAGCCGCCUUCUAGCAGAAUGCUGCGUUUCCUUCGUCUGUUUCUCUUCCUUGCCUUCAUGAGUGAGGUUCUUUCUCUGGAAGGCUCAUGCGGGGUGGAGCGGGAACCCGAACCCGCGGAGGGAGCCGCCGGCUGCGGCUGCGACAAGCUAAAGAGAGCCUCCGGCGGGACCACAGAGCCUGCUGGGAAGUACUCCUCUAGCUUCAAUGGAGGAGCGUCUGAGGCACGUGGAGAGGAGAACCAAGUACAAAGUCAGAUGGUGUGGAUUUCUGGAGGAGAGUUUCUGAUGGGAACAGACAACCCGGGAAUCGCUGCAGACGGCGAGGGCCCGCAGAGGCCGGUGCGUGUGGAUCCUUUCUACAUGGAUGUUCAUGAAGUAACCAACCAGCAGUUCCAGAGCUUCGUCAGCGCCACAGGGUACAUCACCGAGGCUGAAAAGUUUGGAGACUCGUUUGUAUUCGAGGGAAUUUUGAGCGAACAAGUCAAAAGCCAAAUCAGCCAAGCAGUGGCUGCUGCCCCCUGGUGGCUUCCAGUGAAAGGGGCGGACUGGAAGCACCCUGAAGGUCCAGACUCCAACAUCACAGACAGGCUGCAGCAUCCUGUCGUUCAGGUUUCUUGGACAGAUGCCUUGUCUUACUGCUCUUGGGCAAACAAGAGACUUCCUACUGAGGCAGAGUGGGAGUUUGCCUGCAGGGGCGGCCUGAAGGACAGACUCUACCCCUGGGGAAACAAGCUGAAUCCAAAGGGUCAACACUACGCCAACCUCUGGCAGGGGGAAUUCCCAACGCACAACUCUGCAGAGGAUGGAUACACUAAAACUUCCCCGGUGAUGUCCUUCCCAGGCAAUGCUUUUGGUCUGUAUGACAUGGUGGGGAAUGCAUGGGAGUGGACCUCAGACUGGUGGAGCGUGCACCACACAACAGACCAUCAGCACAAUCCAACUGGUCCUCCCUCAGGCACGGAUAAGGUAAAGAAAGGAGGCUCAUACAUGUGCCACAAGUCUUACUGUUACAGAUACAGAUGCGCUGCUCGAAGCCAAAACACUCCAGACAGCUCCGCCUCCAAUCUUGGUUUUCGCUGUGCUGCUGAGCAGAAACGAUGACAGAACCCGCUCAGUUUGAUCAGAGAACCUCCGGCUCACACUCUCGUCAUGAGAUCAUUUUGAUUCUUUUGCUGCCACAGACAAUUUGGAAGAAGUUAAAUCUAAAAAAAAUUCACCAGAAAUAUUUUUAUAGCUCUCAUUUUGCAAAUACUGAUUUCUUUUUUACAUUUCCUGACAAGAGAACGAAUGUAAAGACAAAAUGUGAGGACUUGAAUGUUAUUUUUGUAAAUAAAAAUGUUUGAAAUGUCUAUUCAUUUGCUAAAAGGUUGCAGAGAAACAUGUUUAUAGCUUUACUUCUGGAAGAGGGGAUUGUGAGCUGAUAAAGAACACAACAUAUUAUAUUCACAAGGCUUUUUUUCUGCUUUUGUCAAAGAGGUAUUGUUAAGAAUAACCAACUUAUAUUAUGAACUUUGAAUUUGUUCAAAAAUAGCAAAAAUGAUCUGAGUUUAUUAUUAGUUGAAAACAACAAUUUUUAUUCAAAAACUAUUUUCCACAUCGAAAAUUAAUGAUAACUGCAGAAACAAUUAAAACCUGUGAAUUGUUUUAGCCUGUGUGCAUUUUAAAAUCGACAAUUAUUUUUAAUAAAGUUAAAGAAAUAUGUAUGGAAAUAUGGAAAAUUGAACUGUAAAACUGCACAAAAAAAUCAAAAUUUUAUCCUAUAUGUAUACCCUUAAUCUUCAACAUUUCCAGUUGGCUUUUUUUUUUAAUAGGAAAUUGACUCGUCUUCCAACAAACAUUUGGUUUUGGAGUUAAUAUGUUCUUGUAAUUUUGUGGAUCAGCCGCCAGGGGGCAGUAGCAGUUCAUAUUAAUGUGCACGUGUGUACAGCACAAGCUAAUGCUUUUAAACACAAUAAAUUGGAUAAAUACAAGCAAGUGAGCAGUAAGUUACUGUUAAGUUUGAUUUCUUCAGUAGCAUCAAUUGAAAAGCUGAUUAAUGAUUUCAAGUUUGAAAUGAAUUUUAAAGAAAAUUCGUCCAAAAGUUUCUGCAAAAGAACCAAAAUUUAUUAGUUAGGUUAUUUAGUAUACAUAUUGUAUGUAAAAAUAAUGAACUAAGCAAAGAGCAAAAAAAAAAACAAAAAAAACAGCUAGUUCAAGAAACAACAGAAAAGAGUCAAAGAUUUUAGUGCACUAGAAAGAAAAAAAAAA